AUGGACGCUGAUAAUCAACACUUGCAGUGGGUCGCCAAUCCUGGAAUGGAAUUCCAGCUGCUGCCGGGAUCAGCUCAGGUUCAAUCUCAGGUUCAAUCUCGAACUCAGCCGGAGAUUAACCGGCACCACCCUGCCUUUUCCAAUUCUACACGUACUAGCGCUAGCGCAGGUUCAAUUGGUACUGGUAUGGGUCCCCCCCACUUUACUACGCGUAGCUGUGGCUAUCCUUCCAAGCCUCUUCGGCCUCUUCAGCCUCUCCAGCCUCAAAUAUCUCAACAGCUGUAUCCGACAACCCACCCCACCGAGAAACCCGAGGCACAGCUUAAGCUUGGAGAUAGCCUCACCUAUUCGCGUUCUUCUAUUUCUUCUUCCCUAUCUUCCACUCCACCUACCACCCCCAGCUGUUCGCCUCCAACCGCCAACAUUUCGUUCCAACAGCCCCCCCACCACCGUGCGGUCGCCCCGGGCGUCGUCGUCAACGGUAACUCGAGCGCCUUGAACACCCCGCGCCCGGGCCCGACGACAACCCCGGUGACCCCGGUGAAUAUGCCCACCAACGAUCCUGCUCCUUCAGGAGCCCUUCGAUCGCCCCCCGAAGGCAUUUUUCCCAGCUUUGAAGAUCUUAUCGGUUCUAUCCAGCGCGUAGCCAAAGACCAGGGGUUCGGGAUCGUAAAGCUCCGCGCGAGCAACUAUCGCGACCACAAACCUACGCGAUAUGAUUUGGUGUGUGACCGUGGUGGCGUCAAGUACAACAGCACUGCGAAAAAGAGAAACCCCAGCACAAGGAAGGUUGAUUGCCCCUGGAGGGCGAAGGCUGUAUGUGAAGUUCAGUUAGGCAACCAAUGGCGUUUCCAAGUCCAGUGCGACCAGCAUAAUCAUGAACCCCGAGUUCACAGCAGCAAUCCAGGGCAAGAAAACACGCCCACCGCCCAGAGUAUACGGAGCCUAACGAAUAAGAUGGAUCGUAUGAGCCACGAGAUGACCCAGGCUUUCGACCGUAUCGAGCAGCGCCUAGACGGUAUUGAAAAGAGACUCGAUACCAUGGAGUCGCGUAUGGGUGCGGUGGAAGCACGCAUGUCUAGCAUGGAAACUCGAGGAACCGGUAUGGAUGUGCCUAUGGAUAAUAUGGAAAUGGGAGGACCUAUGCUGGAUGGGCCUGUUAUGUAG